CGACCCGUGUUAUCCGUUGCCCCAAAUUGACCGAGGUUUUGAAUAAUCGAGAAUAGUCAAAACGGGUCGGCUUCAACCACCACGGGUCAAGCAAUUUGUUUCUUUUCGUCUUCUCCACUAUCCACGUGCAAGCUUGUCCAGACAACAUAACAAUGGAAACUGAAAGCCAAGAAACACAUAAGAGAUUUAAAGAAUGGUUGGAAAUAGAAAUGUCAAAAAAGAACUCUUCCAUAAUUUCAGAAGAUACAUAUAGUAUGAUUGUGUGCUUUUUAAAGAAGGGAAGAUCUUCAGAUACGCCACCACAUAUCAUUCGUCGUGUACGUAGAAAGAACUUCGCCAUUAUGAAUUAUCCAACUCUCAAUUUACAUGAUAUCCUUUGUGUGCCUGGGGAAAAUGUACGUGCAUUUCAGUUUGUGGCAUGUAAUUCUGUAGAUGCAAUUGUGUUUAUCUUAGGGGUGGGGGGUGCAUGUUCACUGUGUUUUAUAUUUGUGUUUAGCUAAACUGUGUUAAAUAAUGUUAUUAUGUGUAGCCAUAAAUUGUUGUGUGACAAUGGAUGAUAUUGCAUCUUACAAACAAUACAUUAAUCUGAAUUUGUUAUAACUAGCAUGUUUUUCAUCAAAAGUGUACCAGUCUCCAACAAGCCAAGGCAUGUGAAUGUAGAAUAUUUGAGUAAGAAUGAGUUUUAGGUAUUAUAUAUCUUUUUUCAGUUAAAAUUUGUGUAUAAAAUAAUAGAAUUAUAAUUGCUUCCUAAUAAUAUUUAGGUAAAAUAUAUGAAUUAGCUAUAUAAAUGAUGAUACAUAAUUAUUUUUUAAAUAGUUAAAAUAAUAAGUAUAUAUAAAGUUAUUUACGUAUUACCUAUUUUUUUGUUCAUGGUCCAGCUUUUAGUUGGUAUUCUGUUCAUUUAUGAAUAUACAGGUGCAAAUCCUGUCUGGAUCUUCUAUUAGUUCAAUAUAUAUGUUAUUUGAGUUUUUAUGCGAGAAAAAUUAUGAUAAUUAGCCAGUAUGAAAUUUAAAGGUUAUAUAUAUAAUUAGGUUUUGUUAUAUAUUUAUUUUCUGUCUGAAGGCCCAAACAAAGUUUUUUGGUGAGGCAUAUUUCUAUUUGUUAUCUGUUAGCCUUAUUUUUAUCAUAUAG